GCCGCCCCGAGGGGGCGGGCGGGGGCCGGGGCGAGCCCCCCCCCCCCCCCCCGUCUCUCCUUCCCCUCCCCUCCCGUCCCCUCCCUCCCCGCCCCGGCUGCACGGGCGGAGCGCUCUCCCGGCGUGGCCGCGCCGGGCCAUGGAGCAGCACCUGCGGCGGCUGAGGCAGGAGCUGCUGUCCAUGAAGGAGGUGGGAGACGGGCUGCACGAGCAGAUGAACUGCAUGAUGGGCGCGCUGCAGGAGCUGAAGCUGCUCCAGGUCCAGACAGCAUUGGAGCAGCUGGAGAUCUCAGGGAGCCAAAGCACCAGCACAGAGCAGCACCAGAGCAGUGGAGCAGGGCCACGGGGCCAGGCAGCGGCAGGGGGCUGCAGCCCCACAUCCCUCACAUGUGUGGUGCCACAGCCAGCCAGCUUACCCCAUCCCACUGUGCUCCCAGACAGCAGCCAUCUCAGGGACACCUCUUCCUCCUCCUCCUCUUCCUCCUCCAGGAGCACCUACAGCAAGAAUGCCUCCCACACAAAGGGACCUUCCUCAGCCCCAUCCAGAGCAGAGCGUGUCCACCCGAGGACAUUCAAGCCCAGCAGCCAGGGCAUGGCUGGGGGGUGGCCAUCACACCAGGAGUGCCCAGGGUGUGAUGACAGCCACGACUGGACAUCCUCCCUGAUGUCCCAGAGCAGGAACCGGCAGCCUCUGGUCCUGGGGGAUAACAUCUUCGCAGACCUGGUUGGGAACUGGUUAGAUCUGCCAGAGCUGGACAAGAAGGGGGAGAAGAGCGAGGCCUCCCUGUCUGCCAGCAGGUCCCAGGAGCUCUGCAGGAAGUUCUCCCUCACAGCCAACAUCUUCAAGAAGUUCCUGAGGAGCGUUCGGCCAGACCGAGAUAGGCUUCUCAAGGAAAAACCUUGCUGGCUACCACCUGAAGACAAACAACCCGAAAUUUCUAAAAGACCCAAAAAGAUGAACAAACUUAAGGGGACAUUUUACUUCCCACUUCAUGGGAACAUCCAGAACCACCACAGCAAAGUGGAGAGGUGCCCAAAAGUAGAAGGCAGUAUCAAGAAACCCAAAACUGGCACCAAGAAAGUCCACGAUACCACAGACUACACCCAGUCUGGGUUUGAUAUCAACACAGCCGUUUGGGUCUGAGUUUGUCAGCGUUCCGCGCUCUGCCAAGCAUUUCUUGCACCAGGGAGGAGCUGAGGCCAUGCAAUUCUCGGGAGCCCCCUGAGCUCUUGGCCAGGACCGAGAGGUCUCUGCGAAGUGCGCCAUGCCGUGGGUCCAGUUGCCUGCACGUGGCAUCUCCCAUCGAGCUGCAGCUUCAGGGGCAGCCCGAGCAGCAGCUAGCUCAGCCCCACACACUGAGGCAGCCCGUGGGGACCGAUGUUUGCAGAAAUAAUCAGGAUUGUAGGCAGCUUUUAGGGUGAGCAGUGCCACAGCUCCUGGAGUCUGCCUCGUGACAACACCUUCAGCCCCGUUUGGGUCAUCUCCAGUUACAAUAGCUGCAGCACAAAAUUCACUAUGUGUGUGUAUGAGUGUGCAAAUAUAUAGUUUUUUAAAAAUUCUACUGCUUGUGUGCACUUAAAACUAGGUUAUAAACCUGGCAAUUCUAGCAGUGAUCCUGAAGGACUUAUUUAAAUUUCAGAAAAUAAUGAGUGCUGCCAUCUUUUAAAUUCAAACAAUUGCUAUGUGCAGGUGUUGAAUCCUAGCUCUGUUGCAUUUCAGCUGUUUCUCAUCCCCCCGAGCUGCAUCUCCAUUGUGCUCAUAGCACCUCUCCUUCCCCCUCCUGCUAAACCAGCAGGACUGGAGGCUCCUUCCAUGGACAUCUGUGACACUUGGAAACUUCAGCUGCUUUUGCCUCUCUCUCCAUGCCCUUCUCCCCCUGGCUCACAUUGAGAUACAGCAUUGCCACAGAUGUUUAUUGUUAACUUUGCACUGUGACACAGAAUUGCAAGAGAUGUUUAUUGUUGGUGUCAUUUCCCAUGCUGUUGUGUACAAACCCUGUCCUGAAAGAACCAAGUUCUUCAGCAUCCAGCUCUCCAAGAGCUACAAAUAAAACAGCAUUGUCCUUGUGUGC